CCGCAAAUGCGACUUGGUCGACAAGGUAAUCCGCCGCGGUGGUACCCAGGUACCACCUCAUCACGAUGAAGGUGAGGCUGUGCGGUGGAUUAUUCUAGUUUGUACCAUCGAACGUUCCUCGUGAUCGAGAAGUGCAUCGGCGCCGAUAAGUGGUACUGUUUUGACAAGUGGUACUACCUCCGGUAAUUUUGAUAUCGUUGUAGGUAGCACGUGCGCGACAAGGGUUGAUUUUUUAAGUGGUUAGUUUUUGUGCGGGUUAUUUUCCAUUGUUUAAUAUCAUAUUUGGUGGAUUCUGUUUGUUUUGGCGCAAGUGAAGCUGAAGGAAUUAUAGAGUGGGUGAUGAUUUAAAUUGAAAAUGACGGAAGUAGCGAUGAGUUUGGUACCGCCCGGCAAUCGGAUCACCUCCGUGAGGCAUUAUGAGGCAGCGCCUCCUUUGGGAAUGGAAUUGGUCGAGCCCGGAGACACAGUAGCAACAACUAAAGAAGAAGAGUGGGUUAGCAAAAAGAAAACCGAAGUAACAAAUACCAAACAAAUAGAAACUCGGGUAAAGAGACAAGUCGUUCUCGAAGAUGGUAAGGUCGUGGAAGAUACUGGACCUAUGGUCACGACCAACACUACAGAGGAUACAGAUACACAAGAACAUCAUCAAACAGAGUUGAGAAAGCUAGGAGACGACGCCACAGAUGGAGUGCCAGCCCUCGAAGAUGGCGCCAAAUACAACGCCAUCGAACCAACAUCGAAAUGGGUUUCGGUGCCGAACCCAGAAGGCAUCGUCAGGGAAGUUAAGGAACGUAAAGUUAUAUCCAGAGAGGAGACAGAAGAAGUCAAAGAGACGGAGGACGUGCAACAUUUGGGAGACAUCACAGAUAACGACUUCCUAGCAGCCGUAAAUAGUGGCCACUCUGACCUCCGGAAGGUGUUACGAACGCAAGAAGGAGGUCACCAAAUUGUCUCCACAGGACCUAGAUUAGUUCUCGAUACCAAAAAGAGCAAAAAAACUACCGAUACCGAAGAUACAAGGGAGCUGAGCUCCAUCCGUAAAGAUGGUAAAAUCGUGACCGAAACUCAACGAACCACCGAGCACGAAGAAGUCAAAGACGAAGAACUACCGGAUGAUGAACUGGAUCAGAACUUCCAGAAGGAGAGUUCUCAGAGGUAUCUGAAAACCAGAGAACAAGAGGACGUCGAUUAUAUCGCCGAUGGUGUAAACAUUGGACACGAAAUGAGGUUCAAAACAGAAACCAUGGAGGCUGAUCGCCGCGGCGAUGGGGUAGACGAACCCGAUUUGUUUGAGUCUCUUUCUGCCAGAGCCAGAAGAAGAGGGACCAAUAAUAGGCAGCCAUAUCGUCAUAGAGGUUUAGAGGACGUUGGUGCCUCCCCUCUAGACAGAAAAGACGCACUCACCCGCCGACCCCUAGACUUCGAUCAAGAAGAAGAGACACGUAAAGUUGAAACCUCCAAGUGGUUGGAGCACCACUUCGGCAGCGAAUCGCGUUCCUCUAAUAACUCCACCGUGGAGGAAGAGGAACAACCUCCGAAGACGAGUUUCUUUAACGUAACGAUUAAGUCCCAACCCUCUAGGACCGAACCCCCUGUUCACAAUAGCUACGUUUCUACGGUCAAAGAAACGUCUAGAGUUUAUAGUCCGGUCGAACCAGAAAGGGAUAGGAAUAAUGUUGGGGGUUAUUAUAAAGGAAUCAGCGAAUGGUCCGAACACCGCCAACAACACCACUUCGCCGAACAACGCAACUCGCCCCCAUACCAUUCUCCGUCACCUUAUUCGGGCGAUCGUAUUCUCCGAUCUCCCAGCCCCGACUAUCGUCCCUCUCACUCCCCUUUACCCGACUAUCGUAACCAACACUCGCCUACGCCCGAUUACGUCCGAAAUCAACAUUCACCAAUGCCCGACUAUGUCCGAAAUCCGAGGUUGUCGCCCAAAAGGGAAGUCGUGAUGAUCACUCCAACGCCGCCUAGACGAACAAAGAACGAAAGACCAAGACAACGAGUAGUAGAAGAUAGAAGCAGAUUCGAUUCCGAGUACCGAACCACGAGAAGAGACGAAGAAAGAAAUGGUAGAUUAGACCAUGUCGAAGAACCUCCACCGGAUUACUCUCCUCCCAGUCCUCCUCAGAUGCCUAGCGGAAAAAGGCCAUCGCAAAAAACACGAUUUGCUGUCGAACCAUCGCCGAAACCUCCAAAAUCUGGCAAUAUCAUUGGCCAGUCAAUUCGCAAGCUAGUAGGCAAAAUCCGUUCGGCUAGCGCGGAACGAAAAGCACGUCAGCGCGCGAAACGAUCCCCUAGCCCGCCUAGCUACCAACAGGGCCACGUGAUCGACAGCAACAUCGGCCACAGCAUGGAUAGGCUGGACAGGCAAGCGCCGGUCCAGAGGUACUACCUUGGGGAAGACCCUUUCGGCGGAAGCAUCUACGGGAGGGAAAACAAGUACGAGGGCGCCAGACCGGCGAGGAAUUCGCGCAGACCGAGGGAGGUGCAAGAGGAAAGGAGGUCCCAAAGCACGCUGGGCAGAUUCAGUAAAUCGACGUCGAGACUGGUGAACGGUCAACACCACGUCGAAGAAAGAAAUUCGCAAACUUUACCGAGGCAUUUAUCGAAACAGAGUUCGCCACCGCGCCCUCUCGGAAACAAAUCGAAUAGCACCAUAAACGUUUCUAUUAUCAAUACGGUGUCAUCGCCUAGGAAGCUAGAAGGACCAGUGAAACCGCAAAGGACCUACAAGUCCAAUUUGUCCAGAAGCAAAAGCCUUAACGUGCACGGAGGUAUGUACACGAGCAAUCCACAACUGAACCAACCGAUAGGGCUCAAAAGUCCUGGAUUAAUUUCAAGCCUUAAUAGAAGCCAAAAGGACGUAAACGAUGAUGUCUACACUAGCCGCUUCACUAGAAAUGGCAUUAGUGAACAGGGUGACAACAAAAGAGUGUUUCUCUCGUCGCUAAAAGAUCGUGCUCCCGAAUUGUUCAAAACUCUGGAAGAAGACGACACUUAUAAGAACGGAAGAAACUACAAUGGUGACAUCUACGAGCCUCCGACAAGGCUCAGAGAUACCAAACUAGUGACAGCUGUGCCCAAUCAUGUGUACCAUCGUAGAGGUAGUGCCUCUAGUACCGAUUUUUCCGAGACGUAUCACACGACAACGAGAAGCGAAGAUCCUCAUCAUCCUUCCGUCACCAAUACCACUAAACAUUUUAGUAGAAGAACCGUGCCAUCGCCUACCGGAAGAGGCAUGGAGACCAUACAGUCUACAGAAACGAAAAUCUCGAAAAGUAGCAGCCAUUAUAAUAGAGGCGCCGAACCCGCCAAAAAGUACCACGAAGAUAGAUGGUACAACAGUUCUGGAUCGAAACCCGUAGUUAUUGAGGUUAGGAAUUACAAAUAGAUUUUUUGUGCCUAUAAUUUUUUCUUCUUAACUUUAUACUUAAAGUGUAACUUAUGUUUUGUUUAUUUUUAUUAAUAAAAUAAAAUCGUACGUUUUAAUAAUAUAAUUAAUAAAUUCUGUUAAUACUU